CUAGCGAUGCGCCGCCGACCGCAGCUCCCAUCUUGCUGCGCAGAAGGCAGUCGGCGUUUGUAGGCGCGCGCUUUCUCGCUGUCCAGGAGCUUUGGAGGGUGGCAAGGCUGGCUGGCUGACGCAGCGACAUCAGCCAUGGCGGUACUUCCCAUCAUCAACCAGGACACGUCUCAGAUCUGGAGGCGCAUCAAUGACAAGAUCGAGGAGCCCAAGAGCCAACGACGGCUCAUUCUUAUCAUCGUUUGUGUUGCGUUGCUGUUGGACAAUAUGCUGUACAUGGUGAUCGUGCCUAUCAUUCCGCAGUACUUGCGGAGCAUCGACUCCUGGUACACGCACACGGAGGGUGGCAACAUGUCGUCCUACGUGGUUAACACCAGCGUCAACGGUGUGUGGACAAACCGCACAGAAUGGCGGCGUCUGGGAGGACGUGUGGUCUACGAAGGGGAGGAAUCGGCUGUAGGCGUUCUCUUCGCUUCAAAGGCUAUCAUUCAACUGUUCAUAAAUCCUUUCUCCGGUGCUCUGAUUGACCGAAUCGGGUACGACCUGCCCAUGAUGUUCGGUCUGUGCGUCAUGUUCCUCUCGACGGCGAUCUUCGCCUGUGGUACAAGUUACGGCGUGCUCUUCUUCGCGAGGAGUCUUCAAGGCGUGGGAUCAGCCUUUGCGGACACGUCGGGACUCGCCAUGAUCGCUGAUCGGUUCACGGAAGAAGCUGAACGCAGCAAAGCCCUCGGCAUCGCACUAGCGUUCAUUUCUUUCGGAUGUCUAGUGGCGCCACCCUUCGGCGGGUUACUGUACGAGUUUGCAGGAAAAGAAGUUCCGUUCAUCAUACUCUCCCUUGUAUGUCUUAUCGACGGCGUCUUGUUAUUGUUCGUCAUGCGACCAAUCAAGCAGCAGAUGAGGGAACUUGGAGUGGAACGGCCGAAAGGAACUCCGAUAUGGCGACUCCUUAUCGAUCCCUACAUUGCAUGCUGCGCUGGAGCCCUCGUUAUGUCCAAUGUCUCGCUCGCGUUUCUCGAACCUACGAUUUCCAUCUGGAUGAAGGACACCAUGAAUGUUGACGAAUGGCGGAUUGGCCUCAUUUGGUUGCCUGCGUUCUUUCCCCACGUAGCGGGAGUAUAUCUCACGGUGCGGAUGGCAAGGCAAUACCCGCAGUAUCAGUGGGCCAUGGCUUGUAUGGGGCUGGCGUUGGAAGGCGUCAGCAGUUUCAUCGUACCAUUCGCUCGGUCUUACUGGGUUCUGAUCCUUCCCUUGUCCACGAUUUGCUUCGGCAUCGCUCAGGUUGACACGUCUUUGCUUCCAACUCUAGGAUAUCUGGUCGACGUUCGCUAUGUGUCCGUGUACGGUUCUAUCUACGCCAUUGCUGACAUAUCUUACUCGCUUGCUUACGCUGUCGGACCGAUCAUAGCUGGUGGUAUCGUGGAGACGGUAGGUUUCACCGCUUUGAACAUUUUCAUAGCCAUCUCGAACCUGAUGUACUGUCCUCUGCUAAUCAUGCUGCGACACAUUUAUGAUUACAAGCCGUUUGAAAGCGAGGCCAACAUUCUCAUGCAAGACCCACCAGCGAAAGAAUAUCAGACGUACAAACUACAAGAUGGCAUUGCGCAAGACAAUCAACCAAAUGUGAGCAACCAUCUCCAACAGACGUCGUUUAUGGAGGGCAAUAAGACUGCCCAGUCAAUGGCAAAGCAGGGAGCAGCAGCAGCUCAGCAGGGCAUGCCGGGAAAGCCCAAGAGACCGGACAGGCCUAAGAAGCACGUGCGUGUGAGAGGAUACAGGUCAUCUGAUAUGGAAAUGAUGAUUACCAGCUCAGAAGACGAGGAAGACUUGGAAUAAAGUCGCGUUAGAUAGAAAAAAGAAGCCAAAAGUUGUUAUCUAGGACUGUUUUCUCCUGUGGGAAGCAAAGACUGGUUGUUUCAAAUUCUGCUUCCACUGUCGUGGUAAACUUCACUGUGUUCUUGUUUACGGCAUCUGUGCUAAAAGUGGCCGCGAUUGCUGACUCUCCGACUGUUUUCUCUGUUCUCCAGCUGUGUUCGAAGUCAUUACUGUGCAAUUAACACGAUUGUGACUAUGUACAGAGCGGUUGUUUUCGAUUGUAAAUAGUAAAAAAAAACAAAAAAAGCUGUUACGGUAUCUACCUAUCGUUGACUACUGUGUACUGUAGUCACUUCAGCUGGACGAAACCGGGGAGUUGAAAGAAAUUGCAACAUACGCGCAGACGAAAAGUGCAAGCAAUAACUUCUAAGUUGGGGCGGUUAGCUGUGCGCAACGUAACCGUCGAUGUAUAGGCUUAUCAGGAGAAUUUUGUACGCAAAGCCAUUGCAGCGAAAUGUGUCACAACUUCGCGGAUUUAAUCCCUUUAUGAUGUACUCUAGAGACCCUCCAGAGUUGUGCUCGAUAAAUCAGGAUGCCUUAUUUGUAAACCUUUGCGUGGGGGAAGUAUAAUGUAGUACUACGAGCAACUGUUGACUGUGUGGUUCAGGAAUCGUGUUUUCUAGCCUAACGAGUUGAGUGGCCACAAGUGGUGCUAGCGAUGCGAAAGACAGUGAUGUGUGUCCAAGAUGAUAAUCGAGCAGGAGGAUAAUUCUGACUAUACCGAAUUAAAAAAUGAUGUCUUAAUUACGUACCACGUAUUCGGCAUGUACUGCGUUGCACACUAAAAACGAAAAAGAAAAAGAAGGAGUAUAUAAGGAAGCAAUUACAGCUUCUAGUCCAAUAAUCCAAUCCAAUCCAAUCUAGUUCCCUACCUGGAUACCCCAUUUUAGCCCUCUAACUCUGAAAUUUAUUCCCCAGCGCUGCGAAUAGUACUUAGACCUCGCAUACACUUCCCUCCAUUUCGUUGCGGCAAUGCAUGUGGUCCGCCAAAGGAGUAAAAAUACUCCUUUUUCUCUCAGAGUGUAGAAGUGUCAGCGUUAUACGAGCGUUACCAAUUCGUGUUGUCGCCAAACGGGAGUAAACAUAAUGGGCAACAAAGCUGCUGGGAGUAUAAGCAUUGGCGUUAUGUAUCUUUUCUCGUUGUAUGUACGGCACCGUGUUGUUAUCAAAACGUGUACUCUGUUGAUAACUGUAUGUGCAAGUUGAGAUGCCAGACUGUUCUUCCGUGUAUACGGAUAGCACCAACCAAUUUCUCACAUGUGCAGUUAAAAUCACGGUGUAGUUUGCGGCGGAUUGUACGUAUAUACCCCAAACUCGUCCGACUCUGCUGUUCAAACAGUUUUUUUUUUAAUUGCACUGUGGGGACGACAAGGAAACAAAAAGAUCGACGACGCUGGUCGAUUGCAAGCAACAAGAAAAAGAAAAGGAAAGAAAAAAGCAAACAACGAGCAUCACGCAGGGAGAAAAAUACAUAUAACGCCGAAGAAACAUACUAUACACUCUUAACAACAAAGUGUGUGCUGUAACUCCCCCUUUUUUUGGGAGUAAACCCUUGUCACAUAUAUUACUCCCCUUGAGAAGUCUCCUCACUUUCUUCAUAGCUAUGAAGGGAGUGAGGAGACUCCUUAAUGAGGGUAAUGACUACACUCCAAAGGGAGUGAUAUAUGUGUCUAGGGACUACAGCUUCUAGUCCCUAGAUUGCAAUUACUCCCCGAUUUAGUCUCAUGAACCUGAAAUUUACUACCCCAACACCGCAAAUUGUCCCCCCCCCCCCCCCUCAAUGUCGUAUAAACUUCCGUGCAUGGAGUCUCGCAAGGAACUAAUGGUUGUGGCAACGCAUCUAACCCCAAAAAGGACUAAACUUGCUCCCCCUAAGAGUACGAUGCCAUUGAAAAAUGUGGCGAAAGACGAGUUCGAAUUACAAAGAUUUCGCAACGCCUGGUAACGCGUAUGUAGAUGUGUGAAAGUGGAAGCUGCCUAUAUUUGUGUGCAUGGAACUUGGUUGCCUUCAGAAGCAUCAAAGCGAGGGACAACCGGCUGCAAUGAAAGUGACAGAGCCUGUGUCAAAACGACAUGUGAUACUGUUACACGACACUCCACUGUGCAGCCCUACGGUGAAACAGCGCGUUGAACCACUUCUGUCGCGCGUUACCACAUUAUGCUUGCCGUGUUACACUGCUCCAAAGAAUAUGAACUGCGUCCUACAGAGCUACAAGGUAAAGCGGGAUUUUAUUUGUGAGCACUAUCGACGUGAAGUGAAGUGUCGUUUCUUUAUACGGAGGACAUGUUGGUACAUUUGGUUGAGACGGUGUGUGUUGUCAUGGACGUAUGGUCGAGAAAAGCAGUUCAACCGUAAUGAUCUUCUAAAAGUAAGUCGCUGCCAGUUUCUGAAUUUAGGAAUUAUGUACAGGGUUACACGUUGUAGCUUGUUUGUGUCACGAAUUCCAAUUAUACGUAUAUUCGCUCACUCGUACAUUUUGUUACAUGUAUCGCUCAUGUUGUUGAUAUCUCUGAACACCAAACGCUCAGUAUCAAAGUGUAAACGGGAGAGGGGUCGGAUGGUUGUCAGCGCCUGUAAAGUCAAUCGAAGAAAGUGAUAUAUAGAACGGACGUCGCUGAGCUCUCAACCAACUAAAUUUAUCGCAAAAUUUACUAGGAAAUUUAUUCUUAUUGUUAAAUUUUAUUAGUUGAGAGUUCAGCGACGUCUGUCUAUUUCCCUUUCUUGAUCCGAAUUUAUCAGCACUGCCAACACGAUGGCAAAAGCUGAGAAUAAACAAAUUAGUAUUCAGUUCCUCGAUAACGACAACGUCACUAAUAGCUUUUAUCCGAUCGCUAGAAGACACCUACGUUACUAGAAACAAUACAUAGGUUCCGCGGUCUGAAAUAUAAAGUUCGUCAACGUCUCUAUCGGUACACAAAUCGAAAACGCGAACUGUAAUACCAUAUCUGUCUCCCUGUAUGCUUCGGUUGUCCCGCGCCUUAAUUACCUUAGAAACGUUCUCAGUUACAGGAAAACAGCGAUUCAACGGGUAAAUAUAUAGGUGUUAGAUCGCGCAUUUUGCGUUCUUCUUGCUGCUUCUAUCGUGUACUUGGGCCUAUAGGGCUAAAUCGCGGCAUGCAUGUUUGUAGCGCUGGAAGCUGCUAACGUUGAUCGAUUGAUUGAACCUUGUGAACCGCGCUGCGUCGUAUGAAUUGGUAACUCGUAAUGUAUUGCUCCAAGCUUGUGACACGAAGGUCUAAAGCGACAAACAUUUUACGCUAUUAGUGACUUCUUAUCUGAUAAUGAGGAUGCGUGACUUUACGUCGCGAGACAGCUACGGUCAGGUUUUAUAUGAGUGUUCCUCGUUUCCUAUGCUGUCUCUCGAGUGUUUAGACAAACAAGCUUGAAUGACCUAGAAAUACAUUUUCGGUUUGCGUUCUUCAGUUAUGAACACUCUCCUUUUGGUAUGUCAUUGGCAAACUACUGAGCAGAAUAAGGCAGCAACGACAUUACACCUCUAUUAGACAUAAUUUGUGGUCUCGUAAUGUCAGAAUAGAAGUCUUCUCAUUGAUGACGGCUCUGUACAGAUCCAAGCUGAAGGAAUAUUUGUUGGUGCGAACAAUAUACUGGUUACGUUGACACUCUCCUGUUAACUCACUGUUGUUGCUCAGACUACUAUAUCUUCUCAGGAUGUACAGCAAAUAAUAUAAAACUGGUAACUUACGACGAUGAUGCUCCCGAGCACUUCCUGUAUAGUAUUUAUCAAUGUUGGUGCCGUUAGAACACUAAUCGAUUCAUGGGUAAAGGGGUUGUGACUCUUCGACAAAAAUAUGGUUCAUUGCAUCAUGUACGCGUUGUACUGCACUCCAGAGUACCCAAGAAAAAUAAAAAAGGAAUUAUUUUUCUACACGUCAUAGUCAGCGAGAUACAGGGGGGAGGGGGGCGAGGUGUCCAGCUAUGACGUCACAAGUGCUCGGCUGUUCCUAUUGGCUCUGCCAUGUAUGGUUCUUCCGGAGCUACAGCACAAAGGACACAGAUCGAGAGGAAGGCGCCCACGAUGCUCUAUAAUGUCAACAAAAUUUGUUUACCGGAAGAACCAAGCAUGAAUCGGCACCCAAGAAACCCGCAAUGCUGCACUAGAAAGCUAUUGGCUCCCCUGAACACGUGACCUCUGCGUAAGGCCGUCUCACUGGCGUAGAUGUUUGCCGUGGUGUCACAGCCUGAUGAAUUUCGGUAUUCGAAGAGUCGUAUAUCGCUCACUUCGCUGUAGUACUUGGAAGACAGCUUCGCAUAGAUUGAGAUGGGUUUGAAAGGGGGAGUAAAAGUAAAGCGAGAAAUUGAAUUGGUCACCCGGCGAACUCUGCUAGUCCCAUAAUGAACCCCUAAUUUAUUUAUUUUUUGUUUAGGGAAUAGCAAGCCGGCGUGCUGCAUGGCUGACCUUUCCCCUUUUGUCUUUCCUUUUCCUUUUCUUUUCUGCCAAUAAAUCCCCCCUAAAUGAAUGAACCCCCCCACAAAAAAAGAGGAAAAACGUCAGCCCUCCCUCUCCCCGAACUGCAUACUGCAUCUCCUAGAAGUGCACGGAAUCGCGACAAACUAAAGCUGAAACGAGGAACAGGGAACUGGACUACACAUGCAUAGCACGCGGUCACUCUGUAUCGACGGAAGGGAUAGACCACAGAUUAGCCGGUGCAAGACGAACGAUAGACACAAACCCAGAGACACGGAAUAUAAUGUUUUUUGUAACCUUUGCCUGAGUCUUAGGAGGUACGCAUGACACAAACGGAAAAGACGAGACUCUGUCGUUCCUGCACAGCUCCCCAGACACAGGGAAAUACUACCAUCAAUUAGCCUACAGCAACCUCGCUUGCUUUUUGUUUCUAUUUUUAUAUAUAGUCGGUCCGUGUAAAUAAAGUUUUUUUCUUUUACAAAUCAAUCAAUAAACUUUGCUGUGGUUCAGAAAUCGGUCGUGCUGUUUUCGUGCGGUGCGUCUCUCGCUUUCUGACCGUUGUUCGUCAUUUUAUACUCUUUUACGUUAAACUGGGAUGACAUGAGGGAAGCGUCACGACCCCUUUAAUUCCGGUAUCCAUCACACCCAGCUAACCACCAGGACGCAUGUGGACCAUAGGCUCGAAACGGCGCCGUUGAUGUAUACCUGAAUAGGGUAUGAUUCAUGUCACCUAUAGGAGAUGGUUGCUCGAGCAAAAUGCCCUCUUUCUUGAUGGA